AUGACGAUGCCAUUUUCCAGUCGCAAAAAUAAGGUUCAUCACUCCGUCUUAAUUACACCCUCGAAUUUCAUCUCGGCCAUGCAUCCCAUAGUGCCUCAACCUGGCUCUGUGGCGGACAGUCAACGCAACACAAAUAUGGUGAAGCCGCGCUCCAAGGUGGAAAAGCCCUCCAGCAAGAAAAAAACGUCCGGCAAGGAUAAAUCCAAAUCCGAGGAGGUGAUGAAGGUGGAGCAACAUGAGGGAGAUGAGACGGAAGAACAGGUUGAAGAGAAGGAGAAAUCCGAGGAGGUGGAGAAGUCUCCACAAGUGAACGUCAAAGAAGAAGACACUCCACAGGAAGCUCUCAACUCACCCGAGGUGUCUCAAUCUUCGGAACUGGCCGAAAACACAGACUACAUUGCUCUGACUUCUGCGCUGUCCAUGCUUACGAGACAGCAAGAGACGAGCAAAAGAGACUUGGUCAAACUGUCGCAAAUGAGACAGCAGGCGGUGGAGCAACCCGAGCAGUUUUUGGAAAAGGUCAAGAGCGGACAAGUGUCUUUCCCCAAGGCUCUCUAUGUCACCAUGGUUCCUUCAAUCGACUGGAACCAGUACGACUUUGAUAACCGAGAGUUGGACGCUGUUAUCGGGCGUCAGAGAAAGGAGUCAGAAAAGGGUGUUGUUGAAGAGGUUCCGUUGUUUAACCAGUAG